GACCGAGUUCCACAAAAACGAUUGAAUAAACCUGUUGCUCCAUUUAAACAAUAGACGAUCUUUGACUCGACGUUGCCUUCACGGCUUCGUCCCAAAAUUAGGCAUAACGACUAUCCAUUCAUCCCGAAACCAUCAAAGAAAUUGAGCACAACGUAUGCAGUUUUUCGUCAUAAAGCGCCUUCGCCAUCCUCGAUUCGAAUUGCGGGACAACGUUGAACUUUUUCCGAACAAAGAGCAAAAAAAAAUCCAUUUAUUUAGCUAUAGUCGCGAAAAUUCCAAGUUUUGGAAAGCAACACGUGAACGCAGCCGGCCGACCCACUCCGGUGAGGAUCCGAAAGGAAAGUUCAGACCUACUCGAGCUUUCCCGGAGGGAGCACCGCCGGCCCGGUUAGCCAGCCCUGCGUGCCCCCGGCUCUACAGCCAACAUGCCCACCACGGAGAAGGACCUGGCGGCGGACGCGCCGUGGAAGAAAAUCCAGCAGAACACCUUCACGCGCUGGAUCAACGAGCACCUCAAGUGCGUCAAUAAGCGGAUCGUGGACCUGCAGCUGGACCUGGGCGACGGCCUGCGGCUCAUCGCCCUUCUGGAGGUCCUCAGCCACCAGAAGAUGCACCGCCGUUUCCACCCCAGGCCCAACUUCAGGCAGAUGAAGUUGGAGAACGUCUCGGUGGCGUUGGAGUUCCUGGACAACGAGAACAUUAGGCUCGUUUCCAUCGAUUCCAAAGCCAUCGUGGACGGGAACCUGAAGCUGAUCCUGGGUCUGGUCUGGACCCUCAUCUUGCACUACUCCAUAUCCAUGCCCAUGUUGGAGGGUGGCGACGAAGAGACCGAGUCCAAGACACCCAAGCAGCGUCUGCUGGGCUGGAUCCAGAACAAGGUCCCCGACAUGCCCAUCACCAACUUCAGCCAAGACUGGAGGACCGGGAAAGCGCUGGGGGCGCUCGUUGACGGAUGUGCGCCAGGCCUGUGUCCCGACUGGGAGACGUGGGAUCCAGUGAAGCCGGUGGAGAACGCCACAGAAGCCAUGCAAUUGGCCGACGAUUGGCUGGGCAUCCCUCAGGUGAUCACCCCAGAGGAAAUCAUCGACCCUCAGGUGGACGAAAUGUCGGUGAUGACGUACUUAUCUCAGUUCCCGAAAGCCAAACUCAAGCCCGGAGCGCCACUCAAGCCCAAACUCAACCCCAAGAAGGCCCGAGCCUACGGACCCGGUAUCGAACCGACGGGCAACCGGGUGCGCCGUCCCGCCAACUUCACGGUAGACACGUUCAGCGCCGGCCAGGGUCAGGUGACCGUCUAUCUAGACCAACCGGACGGCACUAGACAAGAGCUGAAGGUCGAGCCCAACGACGCGAAAAAGACGUACGCCGUCUCGUACGUGCCUCAAGUAGUGGGAACCCACAAGGUGACGGUGUUGUUUGCGGGCCAGCCCAUCCCGAAGAGUCCCUUCGAGGUGGGCGUGGACAAAGCGGUGGCCGACGCCUCCAAGGUGACGGUCAAAGGGCCGGGAAUCGAACCCGUGGGCGUGGUCGCUAACAAGCCCGCCUACUUUGACAUCUACACAGCAGGAGCCGGAAACGGAGACGUGACGGUGGUGAUCAGAGACCCGCAGGGCCGAGACAACUGCGUGGAGGCCAUGAUGGAGGACAAGGGCGACGGCGUCUUCCGAUGCACUUACAGGCCCACGCAGGCUGGGCCACACUCGCUCGUCGUCACCUUCGGGGGCGCUGCUGUACCCAAGAGCCCCUUCGCCGUAGAGGUGGCGCAAGCGUGCUUGCCAGGUGCGUGCAGAGUAGCGGGUCGAGGUCUGCAGGCGACGGGUAUGAGGGUGCAACAAGUGGGCGACUUCAAGGUGGACACCAGAAACGCCGGCACCGGAGAACUGAAGGUUGUCGUCAAAGACCCCAAGGGUAAUGAGGCCAGCGUGAAGCAGGUUUCCAGUCAGGACAAAGUGCACGCGUUCGAGUAUUAUCCACUCAGCCCUGGCAAAUACACUAUCUCCAUCACCUGGGCCGGGCAGCAUAUCCCCAAGAGUCCUUUUGAAGUGGUCGUGGGUCCGGAGCCGGAACCUCAGCAGAUCCGGGCGUGGGGUCCCGGGCUGGAAGGGGGCAUCGUGGCUAAACCUGCCGUCUUUGUAGUGGAGUCUGUGGGCAGCGACGUCGGAGUCCUCGGCUUUGCCAUCGAGGGUCCGUCCCAGGCCAAGAUCGAGUGCGAGGACCAGAACGACGGCUCCUGCGACGUCCGCUACUGGCCCACCGAACCCGGAGAGUACGCCGUCCACGUCACCUGCGACGACGACGACAUCGAGCACAGCCCCUUCAUGGCCUACAUCCAGCCGGACCGACACAGCAACCACCCAGACAAGGUUCAAGCAUUCGGGCCCGGGCUGGAGAUGAACGGCUGUCUGGUCAACCAGCCUACAGAGUUCACUGUCAAUGCUAAGGAUGCUGGGAACGGACCACUCAGGAUCAUGGCGCAGGACGCUGAGGGUCUCCCCAUGGACGUGAAGGUGCGCAGCAAAGGCGAGGGGCAGUACUUGUGCUCCUACACGCCCACCUCGGCUCAAAAGCACACCCUGGCCGUGGCCUGGGGAGGAGUCAACAUCCCCGGGAGCCCUUACAGGGUAAACAUUGGUAAAGGCAGCCAUCCGAACCAAGUUGUAGUUUCCGGUCCAGGAGUGGAGAAGACUGGACCCAAAGCUCACGAGCCCACGCAUUUCACCAUCGACUGUUCCGGAGCAGGAGAUGGCGACGUUAGCGUGGGCAUCAAGUGUCACGGCACCUUGGUGGGAGACCGCGAAGCCGACGUGGAUUUUGACAUCAUCCCCAACGCCAACGACACCUUUACUGUCAAGUACAUACCGCCUGCCGCGGGGCAGCUCACCGUCAAAGUCCUCUUCACUGACAAGGAAGUUCCGCACAGUCCUUUCCUGGUAAAUGUAGACCCCUCCCACGACGCGGGAAAAGUCAAAGCCGAGGGUCCCGGAUUGGCCCCCACGGGAGUGGAGAGCGGAAUACCGACUCACUUCACGGUCCUUACCAAAGGAGCGGGGAAGGCGCCACUGGAUGUUACAUUCUCAUCUCCUGUCAAAAAUUUCGACAUCAUCGACAACUACGAUUAUUCGCACACCAUCAAGUACACGCCGGUCAUCCCGGGCCCAAUCAGCAUCGCGGUGACGUUCGGCGACGAUCCUAUUGCAAAGAGCCCUUUCACAGUGGCUGUGGCCGAACCCCUCAACCUCAAUAAAGUGGGCGUGGACAACUUGGAUGGACGUGUGGAGGUGGGACAAGAGCAACUCUUCGUGAUUGACACUAAGGGAGCGGGUGGCCAAGGACGCCUGGAGGUUGAGGUGCUGAGUCCCACCCAGCGUUCAGUGCCGUGCAAUAUGGAGACACAACCUGGAAAAGCCCAGGUGCGCUACACUCCCACGGAAGAGGGGGUCUACACUGUCAACGUGUCCUACGAUGGAUACCCCAUCCCUGGAAGCCCCUUUCCCGUGGAGGGCCUGCUGCCGCCGGAUCCCAGCAAGGUGAAGGCUCACGGUCCGGGUCUGGAGGGAGGUUUGGUGGGGCAGCAAGCCGAGUUCACCAUCGACACCAAAGGGGCCGGCACGGGCGGUUUGGGUCUGACGGUGGAGGGACCCACCGAGGCCAAGAUCGAAUGCUCGGAUAACGGGGACGGCACUUGUUCCGUGUCCUACCUGCCCACGGAACCCGGAGAGUACCUGGUUAACAUUCAGUUCGAGGAAGUACACAUCCCGGGCUCGCCAUUCCGAGCCGACAUUCACAUGCCUUUGGAUCCUAGCAAGGUGGUGGCAACUGGGGCGGGCUUGACCAAGGCCAAGGUAGGGGAAGCGAGCGUGCUCGAUGUGAACUGUUCUCGCGCUGGACAAGGUCAGCUCACUCUGGAGGCCAUUCCAGACCCGUCUUCUGCAUCUGCACCUGCAGGUGUGAAAGCAAAGACGGACGUGGUGGACAACAAAGACGGCACGUACACGAUCACCUACGUUCCCCUGACGCCGGGUACGUACACGCUGAUGCUUAAGUACGGAGGCAAGACCGUCCCUGGUUUCCCCGCCAAGGUGACGGCAGUCCCGGCCGUUGACGUCUCCAAAAUCAAAGUGUCCGGACAAGGCGUGAACAGACAAGGCGUUUUUAGAGAAGCCACCACUUCGUUCGUAGUGGACGCUCGUCCCUUAGGCCGGCAGGGUGGAAACCGCGUGGACGCGGAAGUCAGGAACCCCUCCGGGGAGUUGACGGACUGCCUGGUCAAGGACCAGAAGGACGGGACCUACAACGUUGAAUACACGCCUUACGAGAACGGCGAGCACAGCGUUCAGGUUCUCUACGAAGACACGCCGGUUCUGAAAAGCCCGGCCAGGGUUUUCGUGUCCGACGGCUGCGACCCCAGCAGGGUGGUGGCCACGGGGCCAGGGCUGCAGAAGGGCCUGACCCUUAAGACCAACUCCUUUGACAUAAUUACCAGGGGGGCGGGCACCGGCGGCCUGGGCAUCACGGUGGAGGGUCCGUCCGAGUCCAAGAUGGCGUGCAAAGACAACAAAGACGGCAGCUGCAGCGUGGACUACGUUCCCUUCACGCCGGGAGUCUACGACAUCAACAUAAUCUACGGAGGGGAGCACAUUGCCGGAAGUCCUUUCAAGGUCCCUGUAGAGGACGUUAUUGACCCCAGUAUGGUGAAAGUGUCCGGCCCGGGUCUGUCCACGGGCGUCCGGGCUCACAUCCCGCAAGUGUUCACGGUGGACUGCGCUAAGGCGGGCUCGGCACCGCUGGCCGUCACCGUCAAGGGCCCCAAAGGAUUGUCGGAACACGUGGACGUGUCGGACAAUGGCGAUGGCACCCACACAGUUACCUACACGCCCUCCGUGGAGGGACUCCACUCCGUUGCCGUACAGUACGGACAACAGGACAUCCCUAAAAGCCCGUUCCACGUUCGGGUACUCCCUACUCACGAUGCCAGUAAAGUACGAGCAAGCGGACCUGGACUGACCAGAGAGGUUCUGGCUAGCUUCCCCGUGGAAUUCAACAUUGAUGCAAAGCAAGCGGGACAGGGACAACUGAGCGUGCUCAUCACAGACCAGGACGGCAAACCCAAGCUGCCCACCAUCCAGGACAACGGCGACGACACGUACAAGGUGUCUUACAUACCCGACCGCGCCGGCCGCUACACUAUCGUCAUCAAGUACGGUGGCGACGACAUCCUGGACUCGCCUUACCGAGUCCAGGCCACGGCGACGGGAGACGCUAGCAAGUGCAUGACAACUGGGCCCAAAGUUGGUGCCGGAGGGGGCCCUGACCAGGAGCUGUUCCUCCCGGUUAACGCCAAGAGUGCGGGCAAAGGCAAGGUGAACUGCGUGGUGGUGCAGCCCAACGGCAGCGAGGUGGACGCCGAGGUGACCGACAACGACGACGGAACCUUCGACGUUUUCUGCACCCUCCCGGAGCCUGGCGAUUACGUGGUUUUCGUCCGUUUCGGGGGCGAGAACAUUCCCGGAAGUCCCUUCAAGGUUACGGUGAGCAACGAGACACAGAUCCUGCAAGAACAACAAGCGUCAAUCCACGAACAGACUGCACCACCAGGAGUCGGCUUUCAAGUCUGGUCCACAUCUGAAGACUACAGCGCCAGCGUCAACGGUAGCGGCUUCAGACCCUUCCACAUGCUCAUACCGUUUUCCUUCAAGAGGGGGCAAGUCACAGGCGACGUUCUGAUGCCUUCAGGGAAGUCUGCUCAACCGCUGAUCACGGACAACCUGGACGGGACGGUGACAGUCCAGUACUCCCCAACUGAGGCUGGCCUGCACGAGAUGCACAUUAAAUACAACGGGGCACACAUUCCUGAGUCGCCUCUCCAGUUCUACGUGAACCGCUCCGCUAGCCCCAGCGUGACGGCUUACGGUGCGGGUCUCAGCUACGGCGUAGCCAACAAGACGGCGGCCUUCACUGUCAACACGGAGGACGCGGUUGAAGGUGGCCUGGACUUAGCCAUCGAGGGUCCAUCCAAAGCGGAGAUCAGCUGCGUGGACAACAAGGACGGCACGUGUAGCGUCAGCUACCUCCCCACACUGCCGGGAGAUUACAACAUCCUGGUCAAGUACAAUGACAAGCACAUCGCCGGCAGCCCCUUCACCGCGAGGAUCACUGAGGACAAACAACGUCGUUCUCAGGUGAAACUGGGCUCGGCGGCCGACUUCUUCCUGAACAUCAACGAGACGGACCUGAGUCUCCUGCACGCCAGCAUCGCGGCGCCGUCCGGCCGCGAGGAGCCCUGCCUACUCAAGAGGAUGUCCAACAACCACGUGGGCGUCUCCUUCAUCCCCCGCGAGGUCGGCGAGCACUGGGUCAGCAUCACCAAGAACGAACGCCACGUGGCCAACAGCCCCAUCGCCAUCACCAUCAUCCAGUCCGAGAUCGGCGACGCCACCCGCGUCAGGGCGCACGGUGACGGCUUGGUGCGGGGGACCACUUUUUCCGAAGCCAGCUUCGUGGUGGAUACGCGCGAGGCCGGUUACGGCGGGCUGGCGCUGGCUGUGGAAGGUCCCAGUAAGGUGGACAUCCAAACGGAGGACGUGGAGGACGGGACCUGCCGCGUCGCGUACUGUCCCACCGAGCCCGGAAAUUACAUCGUCUCUAUUCGAUUCUCGGAAAAGCACAUCACAGGAAGUCCAUUCACGGUGCAGGUGACGGGAGAGGGCCGCAUCCGGGAGAGCAUCACGCGCAAACAGAGGGCGGCGCCUGUCGCGGGCGUCGGCAGCCUGUGCGACCUCAGCCUCAAGAUACCAGCCCUGGACAUGCGCGACGUCACGGCCGAGGUCACGUGUCCGUCGGGCGCAACUCAAUCCGCCCAACUGGUGGCCGCGGGCGACGACACCUACUGCGUGCAGUUCGUGCCCACCGAGGUGGGCGUGCACAGGGUGAGCGUCAGGUACCGCGGCGCCCACGUGCCGGGAAGUCCCUUCCAGUUUACCGUGGGACCGCUGGGUGAGGGCGGCGCCGCCAAGGUCAAAGCCGGAGGCCCCGGAUUGGAGAGAGCGCUGGUCGGAGAACCGGCCGAGUUCAGUAUCUGGACCAGAGAGGCCGGCGCCGGGGGUCUGUCCGUGGCGGUGGAGGGUCCCAGCAGGGCCGAGAUCUCCUUUGACGACCGCAAAGACGGAUCCUGCGGCGUCUCUUACGUUGCGCAAGAGCCUGGCGACUACGAGAUCGCCGUCAAAUUCAACGACCAGCACAUCCCGGAUAGCCCUUACUUGGUCCCCGUGGCGUUCCGCAGCAACAAUGCCCAUUGCCUAAACAUCACCGGACUUCAAAAGUCUGGUCUGAAAGUGAAUCAGCCCACGUCCUUCACCAUAUCGAUGGAAGGAGCCCCGGGGAAACCGGAGGCCAAGGUCACCGGCCCCUUUGGUGUUGAAGAGGAAUGCACCGUCACACACAUGGAAAAAGACAAGUACUCGAUCCGCUUCGUCCCCCGGGAGCGCGGACUCCACACGGUGGACGUCAAGGCGGGCCCUCACGGCCGUACCGCUUCCUUCACCGUUAAUGUGGGGGCGCUGGAGCACGCCGCGGGAGAAGGCGGGCAGGUCUCCGUAUACGGCGCUGGACUGGAGAGAGGCACCACAGGCGUCCAGUCUGAAUUCUUCAUCACCAACGUGUCGUCGGGCCGCGUGGCAGUAACGGUGGAGGGUCCGUCCAAGGUCCAGAUGGAGUGCCUGGAGGUGGAGGAGGGCUACAAGGUGCUCUACACGCCCAUGGCGCCUGGGAGCUACGUGGUCUCCAUCAAGUACGGCGGCCCGCAUCAUAUCGCCGGCAGCCCCUUCGUGGCCAAAGUGACCGGUUCCCCUCUGGUCAACGUGACGGACGGCAGCGUGUCAUCCACGCUGACGCUGGGAGCGGCACGAGAGAUGUCGGACGCCAGUAAGGUGCUUAGUCGGGGAGCGGGACUCAGCAAGGCUUACGUGGGCCAAAAGAGCAGCUUCUCAGUGGAUUGCAGUAAAGCAGGCAAAAACAUGCUGGUGGUGGGCGUGCACGGUCCACAGGUUCCCUGCGAGGAGGUCUUGAUCAAGCACCUGGGUGAUCUCCACUACAAUGUUAGCUACGUGCUCCGCGAGCGCGGCGACUACGUUCUGGUGGUCAAGUGGGGCGACGACCACAUCCCCGGCUCGCCCUUCCACGUCACCGUUCCCUGACGCGAGUAUUAUUUCCAGCCGUUGACGGCCCUAGACGUUCGAUCCGUUCGAACUGGGAGGGUGGCAGCGAAUGAACGUUCGUUCAUUCGCUGCCACCCUCCCACUUCGAACUGGGAGGGUGGCAGCGAAUGAACGUUCGUUCAUUCGCUGCCACCCUCCCACUUCGAACGGAUCGGACGUCUACUCCCAAUAAACUCCGAUUCGACGUCUUUCAUUGUCAAUGGCGCUCCAAGAAAAAAUAUUUUUGAAAUUCAUUAAUUUUGCACUUGAGCAACGUCGUAACGCUCUGUGCUAAAGACGUAGCAUCUGAAGUGCCCUAAAUGUUGCCAAAAAGCGUUGAAAAAAUGGAUUGUGUACUCUUUUUCAAAAGUUUUGAGACACUUUUUCAUCUGAUUCAAUGGUGAAGUGUCUGAAAACAUUUGACCAAGUGUGUACUAACACACUGUUGGGGUGCACACACUGCUCGGGGUCUUGCGUGUCUCAGUUUUCACAUUUGGCUGAGGAGUGCCCGAUUUAAAAGGCAUCUGUGUUUUUUCAAUGCGCUAGCUUAAAAGUGCCGGAUUAAAAAUAUUUAGUUAUGAGUAUUUUUUUUAAUGUGCCUGUUUGAACACACUUGGUUAAAAUGUGUUUUUGUAUUUUAUAAAAAAUUAAACAUCAAAUUUAAAAUUUUUUAAAAAAUACAUCAAAAUUUUUUAAACAGGCACUUUUAAACGAUCGCAUUUCAUGUGACUCAUCUUUCCAAGCUAACGUUACCAGCUACGGUUGCACAUUUCCCUUUUAAAAAAGUUCAUGUUAUGAACAAAUCUAGUCUUAAAAACAUGUAUUACAAUGUAAUAGAUGCGCUUUUUUAAUCAGGCACUUUUACAGGAGCGCAUUAAAACACCUCAGCUAAUCAGAUAGCGUAAAUGGUAUAACACGCACCAAUUUGUGCACCCUAACAGUUUGUGUAGCAACACUGCCACUACUGAUGUUUAAUGUACUGCUCUGGGAACUCCCACAAUCCUUUGCAGCGCCCUCCGGUGGAGUUCAGUUCUGAUCACGUUGAUUUUUUUUGUUUUUUUUUUGGCUGGGUUUGACUGGAAUGUCGCGCCAACGCUAAGCUGUCACACAUUUUCAUUGUACAUUUGAUCAAUAAAAACUGGAAUUGA